CAGCUUGAUGUUUUUGGUCAACAGUCAAGAGGUCGUAAUCAUGACGCAGUAGCGGACCCAGCCAUAUCUAUUUAAGAGCCCGCUGCGGCCACAUGCUCAAAACAAGUCCUAAGCCUAUUUUCACCGGAAAUGUUCAAGUUUUUCGGUGUCUGCUGACGGGCGGAUCCUGACACCGUGACGCUGUUCGUGAAACAUCACAGUGAUGGGUGGAGGUGGACCUGCUGUGUGCUCAGGUUUACCUUCACUGACGACUCUCUGCAGGAUGAGAUAACCAGGUCCACUCUGAGCUCUUCGUCUGCGAGGCUGCAGAGAGCCCACACAGCUGCCAAAAUCAAAUAAAGCUUGAUUCUGCCAGAAGUCUCUGUGAUCGUGUCAACUAUGGAGACCUGUCAGGUGACUUUGGCUGUAAGAGGAGAAACAUCCCCAGGUGAGGUGAUUGCAGUUGUUGGGGACUGUGAAGCCCUGGGAAGCUGGUGCCAUCAGAAAGCUGUGAUCUUACGCCCUGAUAGUAACGAGGGAAACACGUGGACUACAACAGUCACUCUACAUAAAGGAGUCGUUUCCCAGUACCGCUAUUUUAAAGGCUUCUUUCUCGAGUCAAAGAGUGCAAGGGGUCCCAGUCAAGUGAUAGUCAAUUUUUGGGAGACCCAUCAGCAGCCUCGCACGAUGAGCCCCACAGGCCAGAUAAUUGACGAUGGACAUUUUGGAAAUUACAACGGGCUGAACUGUGUGGACUCUGGGUGGCUGACGUGCCAGACAGAGAUUCGCCUGCGUCUGCACCAUUCUAAGGUGGCACCGGUUUCGAUCACGAAGAAGAAAUUCAAGAAGUCUCGCUUCAGAAUCAAGCUGACGUUAGAGGGCUUUGAGGAGGAGGAGGACGAGGAGGAGGAAGAUGUCCUCAGUCCGACAGCUUGGCUCAAGAUGACCAGCACUCUUGAGAUCAGUAUGAUCAGUGCCAACGGCUACAAGUCCCGCCACUCGCAGCCUGAGUGUGGGAACACGUUGGAGCCCUCCCAGUGGACAGAGUACAGCAUCCACACUAUGGACCCAGACAACCUGGAGCUCAACUUUGAGUUCUUUGAGGAGGAUCUGAGUAACCAUGUCGUCCAGGGUGAUGUUCAUCCAGGACAUGUGGGCACAGCUUGCCUUCUCUCCUCCUCUUUUCGGGAGAGCGGUAAGGACCAGGGUGUCGCAACGCUUCCCAUAAUGGGUCGAAACUCCAGGCAGACCAUUGGCAAAGUCAGAGUUGACUACCUGGUGAUCAGGCCCAUCCAGGGACUGCAGUGUGACAUGAGCUCCUCCUUCACCAAGUACUGGAAGAAGAGAGGUGCUCUGAAUGUGGGUCACAGGGGAGCUGGCAGCACACACGCAGCUAAACACCAAAGAGUCAGGGAGAACACAAUUGCCUCAUUCAAAAGUGCUGCCAAGCAUGGUGCAGCCUACGUGGAGUUUGAUGUCCACCUCUCUAAGGACGCUGUUCCGAUUGUAUACCAUGAUCUGACAUGCUGCAUAUCCACCAAGAAGAAAAAUGACAAGACUUCUCUGGAGCUUAUUGAAGUGCCAGUCAAAGACCUGACCUUUGAUCAGCUGCAGCUUCUGAAGUUGGCCCACGCCACUGCGAUAAAAGAAAACAGCGAUAAAGAUCUCCUGGAUGAUGAAGAGGAGAUCGAUGAGCAUCAGCCAUUCCCCUCUCUCUCACAGAUCUUCCAAGCUAUCCCUGAGCAUGUGGGCUUCAACAUUGAACUCAAGUGGAUCUGCCAGAUGAAGGAUGGGUCAUGGGACGGCAACCUGUCCUCAUACUUCAACAUGAACACUUUCCUCGACAUCGUCCUCUCCUGUGUGCUCCAGAAAGGCGGCAAAAGACGCAUCGUCUUCUCCUGCUUUGACCCAGAUAUCUGCUCCAUGGUGCGUCAGAAGCAGAACAAGUACCCCAUCCUCUUCCUGACUCAGGGAAUUUCCGUGAAGUAUCCUGAGCUGAUGGACAUCCGCUGCCAGACCACUCAGAUCGCCAUGAGCUUUGCCCAGAGUGAGAACAUUCUGGGGAUCAGUGCCCACACAGAGGAGCUGCUAAAGAACCUGUCCUUCAUUGCGGACGCUCAGUCUAAAGGUCUGGUGGUGUUCAGCUGGGGAGACGAGAACAACGACCACGAGAACAGGAGGCAGCUGAGAGAGCAGGGAAUCGAUGGACUCAUUUAUGACAGCAUCUGUGAGGAGCAAGGAGAGCAGCCAAACCUCUUCCAGAUAGAGGAGCAACACUCCCUGCAGGAGGUUAUUACAGAGGAGACCAUGGUGACCUGCUCCUGCUACUCCAUCCCCUGCACCACGAGCCCCUGCAUCGCCUCCAAGGCCCGGGCCGGCAGCGCUGAGUCUGACUCUGGUCUCAGUUCCUCAUAAACACCCCUAAACUCCUACCUUUAAAUAGACCUCACUGCACAUCGCUCCACACCACUGUACUCAGUUACAAAUUGGUUUUGUCUCGUCUCUUUACAACGGUUUUGUUUUUUUAUGCACAUAAAAUAAAUCAGUGAAUGUUUUGCCAAAACUUAAUGCAGCCAUAUAUUUGAUUUUUUUUUUUUUUUUUUGAUGGAGACGGAGGCCUGUUUAGAGGUCUAAUCUGGGCUAUUCAGAAUAGUGGGACAUUUUCAAAAUGGCAGAUUAUAUUCAUAUUUAUUUUGCCAAUAUCUUGCAACGUUUUAAAGAUGAUGUGCUAAAAUGUAUGUAAUGCAUAUUAUAUUUUACAAAGGAAAAAGCUGAACUGUUACUAAGUCAUAAAGUUUAUGCUGAUUCAGGAUCAUUCUGUUUUAUGUUCUCUGUGCAUGUAGCCAUUACCUGAAGCCUUUUUUUUUUUUUCAUGAUCUCAAAUAGCAUCAAGUAGUAGCUACUCUAUUGUUCUUUAAGUUAUGAGACGCAAAGCGUGAAGUGGGUUCAUUGUGCAUGCUUCAUACAGUUCUGGAGGUUAUAUGCAUUUAAAGAGUGUGUGUUAUAAUGAAUGAACACAUUUUGCUUCAAUGACAACAUGAUUGAUACAUGUCUUUUUUGACUAAACUUCAAACUCCUGCUUAUAGAUCUUAAAAGUGGGAUUUGUCAAUUCCAUCCUGCACACUGGAUGUACUGUUUCUGUUCUUUUUAUCUACUUGAUUUGGGGAAGAGCAAAAUUAUGUUUUUUGAAAAAGUGCACAUGUAUGCUGCAGCCUUAAGGGGGAAAUGUUUUUUUAUUUUUGAAAUCACCAAUACCUCACCCAUCAGUCAUUAAAAUAGACUUGACUAGAGGUGUUUGUACAGAAUGAACAAUUACACCUCUCUCAUAGAAAUCCUGUUUAGCUUCACAUCCCUUAUACUUAAAUUAGUAUGAUGAAAUAGAAUAGUGCUACAUCUAGGACACAGCCCACCAGAUUCAUUCAUAGUAUGCUGUCUUUAAUACUUUCAUGUUUCACAAACCUCUCAACAAUCUUAAAAUUGAGUCUUGCAUGGACUGUAUAUCUGUCUCAAUGAAUAUCAGGGCAAAUGAUUAAUCUAGUAUGGAGUAUUUAAAUCACCACUUCAGGAAAAAGAGUGUAUAUGAUGAUGAUGUAAAUAAAAUCAAAACGUAUAUUUGU